GUUAUUGGCGCUUCGUCUCUGCGUGUUUACUAUUGGCUAAGGGCUACCCAUUCAUUUACCAACCUGUUCAUUUCCUGAUUUCAUCGCUUCUGUUACAACUCAACGAGGACGUCGUGGAAGACCUGCAGAACGCAAACUUGCAAAUCUAACUGAACAUUUUCCUCGGAAUGGGAGUCCUCGCUCUUCUUUGUGUCGUGCUAUGUGGCAUUUGCGGGGGAAAUGCGGCCUCUCACUCUCUGAAGUACAUCUACACUGUUGUCACUGGGGAGACUGACUCCCCAGAGUUCAUCAUCACAGGUUUGGUGAAUGAUGAGCAGUUUGUGCAGUAUGACAGCAACAUCAGGAGGAUGAUCCCCCAGACUGAGUGGAUGGAAAAAUCAGUGGACAAGCAGUACUGGGACAAACAGACUCAGAAAGCGCUCUAUGCACAUCAUAUCUUCAAAGACAAUAUUGGAAUUGCAAUGCAGCAUUACAAGUCAACUCAGGGUAAGCACAUUCUCGAGUGGAUUGUUGGUUGUCAGUGGAAUGAUGAGACCGGGGAGACAGGAGGGAUUGAACGUUAUGGAUACGACGGGAAAGACUUCCUCACUGAUGACAUGAAAAACUGGAAUUUCAUUCUACCUGCACAGCAGCAGUCUAUCAGUGCAGUAAAAUGUAAUCCAGUUGAGCUUGAGAAUUGCAAGUACUACCAGACCCACAUCUGCAUUGAGUCGCUGAAGAAGUACGUGAGCUACAGGAGCACUCUGGAGAGAACAGUUGCUCCUGAGGUCUCUCUGCUGCAGAAGGACUCCUCCUCUCUUGUCAUUACCUGUCAUGUGACCGGAUUCUACCCCCGUGACAUCAUGGUAACCUGGCAGAGAAACGGAGAGGACCUGGAUGUGGACGUAGAGCUGGGGGGGACGGUGCCCAACGAGGACGGAACUUUCCAGGCCAGAUCUCACCUGAGAGUGAAGCCUGAGGACUGGAAGAGCCAGAAUUACACCUGUACUGUACAGCACAAGAGCCUGAAACAGGACAUCGUUUUACCUGUCAGAGAGGAGAACAUCAAGAGGAACACAGAUAUCAAGACACAUAGCUUCAAUCCUGACAAUAAUCCUGAAGGCAGCAGCCCCCUCAUGGGCGUCAUCAUCGGCUGUGUGCUGGCCGUUCUCAUCCGCGCCCUCGCUGUCAUCGGUGUCGUCAUUUGGAAGAAGAGAAGCUCAGUUGCUCCUGAGGUCUCUCUGCUGCAGAAGGACUCCUCCUCUCCUGUUGUUACCUGUCAUUUGACCGGAUUCUACCCCCGUGACAUCAUGGUAACCUGGCAGAGAAACGGAGAGGACCUGGAUGUGGACGUAGAGCUGGGGGAGACAGUGCCCAACGAGGACGGAACUUUCCAGACCAGAUCUCACCUGAGAGUGAAGCCUGAGGACUGGAAGAGCCAGAAUUACACCUGUACUGUAAAGCACAAGAGCCUGAAACAGGAGAUCGUUCUGCCUGUCAGAGAGGUGAACAUCAAGAGGAACAGCGAUAUCAAGACCUCUCACUCUCUGAAGUACAACUACACUGUUGUCACUGGGGAUACUGACUCCCCAGAGUUCAUCAUCAGGGGUUUGGUGAAUGAUGAGCAGUUUGUGCACUAUGACAGCAACAUCAGGAGGAUGAUCCCCCAGACUGAGUGGAGGGAAAUAUCAGUGGACAAGCAGUACUGGGACAAACAGACUCAGAAAGCACUCUAUGCACGUCAGAUCUUCAAAGACAAUAUUGGAAUUGCAAUGCAGCAUUUCAGGUCAACUCAUGGUAAGCACAUUCUCGAGUGGAUUGUUGGCUGUCAGUGGAAUGAUGAGACCGGGGACACAGGAGUGAUUGAACGUUAUGAAUACGACGGGAAAUACUUCCUCACUGAUGAAAUGAAAAACUGGACUUUCAUUCUACCUGCACAGCAGCAGUUUAUCAGUGCAGUGAAAUGGAAUCCAGUUGAGCUUGAGAAUUGCAAGUACUACCAGACCCACAUCUGCGUUGAGUCGCUGAAGAAGUAUGUGAGCUACAGGAGCACUCUGGAGAGGACAGUUGCUCCUGAGGUCUCUCUGCUGCAGAAGGACUCCUCCUCUCCUGUUGUUACCUGUCAUUUGACCGGAUUCUACCCCCGUGACAUCAUGGUAACCUGGCAGAGAAACGGAGAGGACCUGAAUGUGGAUGUAGAGCUGGGGGGGACGGUGCCCAACGAGGACGGAACUUUCCAGACCACAUCUCACCUGAGAGUGAAGCCUGAGGACUGGAAGAGCCAGAAUUACACCUGUACUGUACAGCACAAGAGCCUGAAACAGGGCAUCAUUCUGCCUGUCAGAGAGGAGAACAUCAAGAGGAACAGCGAUAUCAAGAGAAGGGCGUCAUCAUCGGCGUCAUCAUGUGUGCUGGCCGUUUUCAUCCUCGCCCUCGCUGUCAUCGCUAUCGUCAUUUAGAAGAAGAGAAACUCAGGUGAGAGUCACUGACACACAGGCACACUGACACACUGAGACUGAGUAACAGACACAGACCCACUGGCACACCUUAAGCGCAGUAACUUAAUAAAGCUGGCACACUGAAACAUUUCACAGUUUAAUAGUUUCACUGUGACAGUCAGACAUGCUGUAUGU